CGCAGGCGGAAGUCCCGGAUUGAGGCGCCGCCAUUUUUACUGCUCGGACGCGGAGCGAGAAGCUGAGAGAGUCGGAGACGCUAUCCGCUUCCAUCCGUCGCGCAGACCCUGCCGGAGCCGCUGCCGCUAUGGAUGAUCGGGAGGAUCUGGUGUACCAGGCGAAGCUGGCAGAGCAGGCCGAGCGAUACGACGAAAUGGUGGAAUCAAUGAAGAAAGUAGCAGGGAUGGACGUGGAGCUGACAGUUGAAGAACGAAACCUUUUAUCUGUUGCAUAUAAAAAUGUGAUUGGAGCCAGAAGAGCAUCCUGGAGAAUAAUCAGCAGCAUUGAACAGAAGGAAGAAAACAAGGGAGGAGAGGACAAACUAAAGAUGAUUCGGGAGUACCGGCAAAUGGUUGAAACUGAGCUCAAGUUAAUCUGCUGUGACAUCCUGGAUGUACUGGACAAACACCUCAUUCCAGCAGCGAACACUGGCGAGUCCAAGGUUUUCUAUUAUAAAAUGAAAGGGGACUACCACAGGUAUCUGGCUGAGUUUGCCACAGGGAAUGACAGGAAGGAGGCCGCAGAGAACAGCCUUGUGGCUUACAAAGCUGCUAGUGACAUUGCGAUGACAGAACUUCCGCCAACGCACCCCAUUCGUUUAGGUCUUGCUCUCAACUUUUCUGUAUUCUACUAUGAAAUUCUUAAUUCCCCUGACCGUGCCUGCAGGUUGGCAAAAGCAGCUUUUGAUGACGCAAUUGCAGAACUGGACACGCUGAGUGAAGAAAGCUAUAAGGACUCUACGCUCAUCAUGCAGCUGCUACGUGAUAACCUGACGCUGUGGACCUCAGACAUGCAGGGUGACGAUUCCUAAAGGAAAACCCACCUCUUCUUUCCCCUAAAGCCACUUUGUGAAGAGCAGAAUAAAGAAGCGCUGCAGGAUGUGGAAGAUGAAAAUCAGUGAGACAUAAUAAAAGCCAACAAGAGAAACCAUCUCUGACCACCCCACCCUCUCCACCCCUCCCCUGGGAAGUUCCCCAUUGUCACUGAGAACCACCAAAUUUGACUUUUACAUUUGGUCUCAGAAUUUAGGUUCCUGCCCUGUUGUUUUUCUUUUCUUUUUCUUUUUUUUUUUUCCCCCUCCCCUCCCCUUUUUUAAAAACAAACAAACA